AGCGUCGAAUGGUAGAGCGGAAGCUAAAAAGCGCCAGGGAGAGUAGAACUCCGGCAAAAAAGAGUCGAAGAAGAUGUCGAGACCUUGGGCUCAGAUCGUCGCCUUCCUCAUCUUCACGUUGGCUCCUCGUGUCUUCUCCUCUGCAGAUCCCGUCCUCGGCUCAGCUCGCGUAGUCUUCCAGACGAACUAUGGAGAUAUCGAGUUUGGGUUUUUCCCUGAUGUUGCUCCGAAAACUGUGGAGCACAUCUUCAAACUCGUUCGCUUGGGGUGCUACAAUACCAAUCACUUCUUCCGGGUUGAUAGGGGGUUCGUGGCCCAAGUUGCUGAUGUUGUAGGUGGUAGAACGGCUCCCAUGAAUGAAGAUCAAAGGGAGGAAGCUGAAAAAACUGUCAUUGGUGAAUUUAGUGAUGUCAAACACGUCAGGGGCAUCCUUUCUAUGGGGCGGUACGCGGAUCCAAACAGUGCAGCAUCCUCAUUUUCAAUUCUUCUCGGUGAUGCACCUCACCUGGAUGGACAGUAUGCAAUAUUUGGGAGCGUUACCAGAGGUGACGAGACGUUAAGAAAGCUUGAGGAACUCCCUACUCGUCAAGAGGGGAUUUUUGUGAUGCCGACUGAGAGGAUCACUAUUCUGUCUACCUACUAUUACGAUUCAAAGGUGGAGACAUGCGAACAUGAGAGAUCAGUCCUCAAAAGAAGGCUUGCUGUAUCUGCUAUUGAAAUUGAAAGACAGAGGAUGAAGUGCCUGCCUUGACUCCAUAAGCAUUUCUCCAGCAUGAACCAGUACGAGAAACUUCUUCCCACAUGGAAAUUUCGAGCAUGAAUCUGUAAGGCUACACAUCCAUGGUACCAAAGAUAAAUUUACACACCACCCACUGAAGCUUGAAGCAAACAGAAUUACAUUCAAGCAAAAUAACUACCUAAGCAAUCUGUAUUACUCUCAACUGCAUGCCAAUGAAUCUACUGGUCCAAGUCUCUUGUACUUAUCACCUUUGUUUUCCUCUCC